AUUGCAGACUACAGGGAAUAUCUCGCUUUUCACCUUUCUCCUGCUGAAACGCAAAGUAUUCAAAGAGAAAUUACAACCUAACAAGACAAGAAAUCCACAGAGCCACGCACAUCAAAAUCCAAGCCAACCAUUUUUGAGUUUCACGAUUAGGAUACAUUUAACGACAGAAUCUCAACUACAGUCAGCAUGGAUCCAAUAAUCACUGCUGUGGUGCAGUUUCUUCCAGUUACACAGAAAACAGGGCUCAAUAUUUAAAUUCUGGGCCUGUAUUAGUGCUCACUAUCUUUAAACUCCCUGUUAACUGUUCUGUAAAACGGUUAAUUUUCUUUUUCCUCUCUCAUCACUUAUCUCCCCAGUGCAAUGUUAAAUGUUGAUGCGCAGCCUUAAUUGGUUUAGUCGCAAGAAGAUAAUCUUUUUUUCCUCCUUCCUCGCUGUUGCCUGUUAGCUUAAAGGCUUUUUAGCUGAAGGUUGAUAAUUAUCACUGAGAAGAAACUAGCACAUCAGGAGUUCAUUUUCCAUCUUAGCACUUGUGGUGCUCCUUUGAACUCCCCUGGCCAAACCCGCGUUCCCACUUUGUCACUUUCCUCCCUCCAUCAUAAAAAGGUCUCUGCAGCCGGCAGCUCCAGCCUUUGCUGGUGGGCAGCGGGAAUUGCUUCUCCCGCACACUCUUCCAGGAUGGACAAAUUGCAUGAGACGUUGAUAAAUAUGGAAGACACUUUGGGUUCAGAGCACUCUGUCUGCUUAUCCUCCUGGGACUGGAAGAACACUGCCGGGGCUUUCGAGCUGCACUCCGUCUCCUCUCCACACAGCUUGUCCCCAACGCCAUCCUUCGAGUCCUACUCCUCGUCCCCGUGCCCAGCGGCGGCCGAGACCCCGUACAGCGGUGGCGGCCUAGUGGGCUACGGCCUGGUGGACUUCCCCCCAGCCUAUCUGCCCAGCCCUGGGCAGGCCCGGCUGCCCAAGGGCACCAAGGUGCGGAUGUCAGCCCAGCGCCGGAGGAAGGCCAGCGAGAGGGAGAAGCUGCGGAUGAGGACCCUGGCUGAUGCACUGCACACACUGCGCAACUACCUGCCGCCUGCCUACAGCCAGCGGGGACAGCCCCUCACCAAAAUACAGACCCUCAAGUACACCAUCAAGUACAUCAGCGAACUGACGGAGCUCCUCAACAGCGUCAAGCGGGCAUAGGGCCCAGUAGGAGCACCUGCCCUGGCACCCCCAGGCUCUGCUGUGGAAGAGUCUUUUAAAAAAAGACGACAAAACCAGCCAAAUUUCUUCUCUGUUGGAGCAUGGUUGCAUGGGGUGACAGAGGAGCGUGAGGGAGGGAGAGUGAGGGUCGCUGCGUACAUAGGAUGCGAUGCUGGAAGGUGAUGUAGGGCUGCCUAAAGCCUGAGAUGCAAGUUGCUGAGAUGGAAGCCUUGCUUUUUGCUUUUCUUAUGCUUCUGUUUUGUUUGUUAUUUUUUGUUUGUUUAUUUUAAUGAUAAGCUCCUGACAAAUUUUAAACCUGGACUGAUACGAACCAAAAAGCCAUCUGAACCUCCUAGGAUUUACAUAUCUGUGUUCUGACUGAUCUUCUGUUUAAUGCAGACAAUAGUAAAUCCAU